CCGUGGAUUGCUCUACUACUCAUCUCGUCGUUGGUUUUGCUCAUUCUCGGUAUAUCCACCAUCGUUCUCCAAUGCGUCACGUCAGUCCCCAAUAUUCUCAGUUACUUGAGCACAAUGACGCAAGACAACCCGUACACCGACUUGCCUUCAGGUGCGACAGCUUUUGACGGACCGAAACACACUCGAGCAUUGCGUGACUUGAAGGUGGGACUAAUGAAUAUACGACCACGCGACGAAGUCGGUUACAUCGCGCUGAAGUCGGUCGAAGACGAUGAAGUGCGUCUCAGAUCACAAAUGAUUCAGAAAGGUAGGCUCUUUGAUUUGAUUUCUAGAGCAAAAACUGGGUUGAUGGCCUAGCUUAGUCAUUUCGUUGUCAUCCAUCGUAUCCUCAAAGUGGUUGCGUUCCAAUGUAUAGCCUCAACCCUGUCCUUCCUGCUCUCCGUUCACUCUUUUCUCUCAAGCUCGGAUGUUCAGACGCUACCUAUCCUCCAUAGCAGCCGCCUUGGCCCUUAAGUCAAUUGACAUACCUUCUCAUCGAAGAUGAUGUCCUUCUUCACACGCACAAGGUGCACACACGGCUCC